AUGCAGAACGAUCAAGGACAGGGUGUCUCGCACGCCAAAGACUCAAAGCUUCCCCAGAAAGUUCAAGAGAAGGUUCCCGCGAGUGUUGAGCACAAGGUGCCAGAUGCAGCUCAUGACACCAACAGCAACAAAGACACGGGCAAAGUGUCACAUGCUACUGGCGACUCUAAGGUACCGCAAUUUUUGCAGGAAGGCCUGCCUGCCAAGGUAGAGAAGGCAGUGCCUAACUCCAUACAUGACACUCGCGGUGCGGACAUCUAG